AGCCAUGCGCGAGCUCGUGCACGUCCAGGGAGGCCAGUGCGGAAACCAGAUCGGCGCCAAGUUCUGGGAGGUCAUCGCCGACGAGCACGGCAUCGACCCCACGGGCACCUAUCAUGGAGACUCCGACCUGCAGCUCGAACGCAUUAACGUUUAUUUCAACGAAGCCACUGGUGGGCGCUACGUGCCCCGUGCGGUGCUAAUGGAUUUGGAACCUGGAACCAUGGACAGCGUUCGCGCGGGACCCUUCGGACAGCUCUUCCGCCCGGACAACUUCGUCUUCGGCCAGACCGGAGCGGGGAACAAUUGGGCGAAGGGCCACUACACCGAGGGAGCGGAAUUGAUCGAUUCCGUCUUGGAUGUGGUCCGCAAGGAAGCUGAGGGCUGCGAUUGUUUGCAGGGCUUCCAGCUUUGCCAUUCAUUGGGUGGUGGCACUGGCGCAGGCAUGGGAACGCUCUUGAUCUCCAAGGUGCGAGAAGAGUACCCGGACCGCAUCAUGGAGACCUUCUCAGUGAUCCCAUCACCCAAGGUCUCGGACACUGUGGUGGAGCCCUACAACGCCGCAUGGCGGCACAGCGACUCGCUGGUCCAACGUCAACCACAUGACUCGGCGGUGCUCAGCUUUCAUCAGUUGGUGGAGAACUCGGACGAGUCCUUCCUGUUGGACAAUGAAGCGUUAUACGAUAUUUGCUCCUCGGAUGAUUCGGUCGAACAAGCGACCGCUUCCGUGUGCGAUAUCCCACCAAAGGGCCUCAAGAUGGCAGUGGCCUUUGCAGGCAACUCCACCGCUAUCCAGGAGAUGUUCAAGCGUGUGGCGGAAUACUUUACUGCCAUGUUCCGCCGCAAGGCCUUCUUGCAUUGGUACACUGGUGAGGGUAUGGACGAGAUGGAGUUCACCGAGGCUGAGUCAAACAUGAACGACUUGGUCUCCGAAUACCAGCAGUACCAGGACGCUACAGCUGAAGAGGAGGGUGAGUUUGAUGAGGAGGAGGGCGAAUACGACGGAUGA